AUGAGUCGAGCAGCGAUUCUAUCUGACCGCCAGAAGACCGAGCUUAAUAAAGCUGUGCUACAGUACAUUGAGCCAUUCAUUACGGCAUCUCAAUUUGAACAAAUCAGAUCAGCGCUCACGCCUUUGAAUGACGACCCUAUUAUCCAAAACUUCCUAGAAAAAAAAUGGGGCACGGUGGGAAGAUUACAGCAUGAAAAUUUGAAGCUCAGAACGGAGAAUGAGCAACUUAGGAAGGUGGUGCUAAGCCAAACUCUGCCUGAUCAAUUGGAGAUGCUGAAAGAUAAAAUUAACUGGCUCCCUCAAAUCAGAUCGAAAAAGUUUGAUACCGUCAAUGCUCAAGUGGUGAAUCUGGUAGUCAUCCAUCCCUAUCGAGCCCAGAUUAGUGCUGGCUGCGCAGAUGGUACCUUGAUUGUCUGGAAUUUGGUCGAUGAUGAAUCGAAUGUGCCCCACAAAAUCAUCAAAGCUCACACAACUGCAAUCAAUUGCUUGAUGUGGUCAAGGACACCAAUACAGUUUUUUAAAAAACCUAAAACGUCAGUGAUAGCACUGUGCAGCUCCGACCUCCUUAUCAAGAUUUGGGAUGGGGACACUUUCACAGAACUUCGUUCACUUGAAGGCCAUAAACAUAUAGUUCUGCUGGUAGCCUGGCUGAAACUGCGACCAGAAACAUUGUAUCUGGUCCUGAAAGAUAAUACCAUUAGAAUUUGGGAUGUGGUAAAUGGAACACAUCGAGAGAUUACGGGUCAUCUGGAUUGGGUUCGAGCUAUUGACGUCGCUUCAGCGGAUGAAAACUGGCAGAGCCCAUUAGGUCUGGGACCUUCUCUGAAAUUUGGUGAUUUCAUAUUGACAUCGUCCAAUGAUGGACUGGUCCGUUUGACACACGCAAAGCUGGCAACGGCCGUAGCUCAAGCUCUCGGUCAUAAUCACGUCGUUGAAACUGUAAAGUUUCUUCCAAAGCUUUCGAAUUCGUAUAUUGACAAAUUUCUCGAGGACAACAUCAAUUUGUUUCCCGACUUACCGACCGAGUUGAUUUCUUCAGCCGUCUUUUGCGAGGAGCUCGGUUAUAAAUAUUGCAUCUCAGGGGGACGGGACAACUCAAUAAAACUCUGGCUUCUACCUCCGCCUGAAAUUGUACCUGACGGUUCUCUCAAGAAGUCAAGGAUGAACAAUUCACGAGCUUGGUUGAUCGCCGAAUUGAACGAGCAUUCUCUGUGGGUAAAAUGCUUGAGCAUUCACCCACUGGGUCGGUUUUUUUUUAGUGGGUCCGACGAUAAACUGAUUAAAAUCUGGGACUUAGCGGGUCUAAAGUCAGACGGUAAGAUAAAUUGUGUUCGAACCUUGAUCGGCCACGAAAAUUUUGUGAAUUCAGUUGAUUUUGCACGAGUUGAUGUUGAAUUGGAGCAGGUUGAGGCUGAAAAUAUUACAGAGGCAAAUAUUUUAUCGCAUAUUGAGGAGAAGUUGAGAAAAUUACUCGUUCUGGCUGGACUGGACAAUCUAGUAUACUUAUGGAAGUAA